AUGGUAUUGAACACCAUCGUCCUGGAUGAAUCGAGCGGGAGAGAACGCAGGGUCUCCGUAGACGACAUCGCUACUUCAUUUCUCGACACCUUUCUUGCCGCUGUAUCACCCCAGCAGCAUUAUCAAUAUUUCCUCUAUGAAGAUGAAGAUGGCGAUCUCAUAGCUGUGCGAACCAACGAAGAACUUGCUGCUAUGCUGUCUUCAUCGAGAAUUCAUCCACUGAGGAUUCAUUUAAGUUAGCCAUAACACUUUUUAGAGACUAACUUACGUCAUAAAGUAAAGAAAAAAAACAUAACACAUAUAUUGCUGCCAGCUCCGCUUUUCUCGGAUUUCUCUUUUUUUUGGCUUAUGAUGUAGUCGACAAGUUGAUUUUUGAUGGUUUUUCAAAGCUAUUUUAUAAAACCGAAGGCUCUAAUAAAUUAAAUUAACAAUUGUUACCAGUUUCGCGAAAUAAGCCGCUUUUGGAUGGUAAUUUAGCAAAC